UUGCACCUCGAAAGUAAUUUUAUGAAUUGGACAUCUAAUGAUGCUUUAAUUGAUAAGCUUAUUCAAAAUUGCCAAUCGAAGUGUCCAAGAGUAGAUAGGAUUAUUGAAUAUGUUCCUUUUGAAAAUUUUAAAGAUAUUAAAUAUAAAACAAAGGGUGGAUUUGGUUCUAUAUAUACUGCUACUUGGGCUGACGGUUGGAUAGUUGAUUGGAAUGAAGAAGCUCAAGGAUUUAUAAGAUCCGGAGCAAAAGAAGUUAUUAUAAAAUCAUUAAAAAACUCUGACAAUUUGAAUAUCGAAUAUUUUAAAGAGGCAAUGUCACAUAUAAUAUUCUCAAGUUCAAAUUCAAAUGAUGAUACUAAAUAUAAUUAUGAAGUUGAUGAAUGUUUGCAAAUGAAUAGUGACGGUUUAUCAAUCCCAAAGCUAGAUUCAUGUCAAGACAAUAUUGACAACAAAAUUGAUAAUGCUAGUGGAAAUAUGGAAAUGGAUGAAAAGAAUAGAUGGAACUCCACUUCAAAUUUUGGUCAAAAUGGACCAGAAACUAUAAAUCUCAAAUGUGGUUAG